AUGCCACCCAAAACAAUUCCCGUAGACCCGAAUGCCACUCCACGGGCGAGCAGACGGCACGCUCGAAAUACGCGAUCUUUGCCGGCAGCCUCAUUAGAUGAGUCGCCUUCGCGCGGAAAUUCACAAAAAACCGGUGGAUCGCGAUCUCACAAGGCGGACAACAUCGUCUACAAAACACUCCUCUUGAAGCUUCCAGGUGUACCCGAGAUGCAAAGUUUCUCCGAGAGCGGCAGUAGCACUCAUUCUCGUGCGCCCGGAAAGGAUGAGUUGGAUAUAAAACAAUCCCAGCAACUGCACAAGGUGGUCCCUUGUCCAGGCAUCAUGCAUAACCUGCUCAGGAAGCUUGAAGAAUCUCUCAAAGCUCGCCGCCCGCCCGCAGGAAACGAUCCAUUCAUGUUCCUCCUGACCAUCGAAGGUCGUUGCGCGCACCUUCCAGGCAGAAUCUGCUCCGAGCACGACACAGCUCACUGGGUCCAUAGCGCCAUCCUGAGACCUGCAAUCGCUGUUGUCCAAUACCUUCUCAACAAUAAUACAGUGACGCAAGACUUCCCAAACAUAUCUUCCGUCGGAGGCUCCCCUCCUGUUCCAGACAGCGUCAUGUUCAAAUACAGUAGGGAUGCCCACAACGCAGUCCUUACUAUCGAGUUCAAGACACAUCGUGCUCUUGGCGGGGACUGGACCCACGCAAUCCACGAGUUACUAGCCCGUGCCAAAAAUUCAGAUAUACCCGGAGCGGCAGCCAAAUUCCAUUGGCCAGAUUACGAGGUUACUGAAUUCGACAAGGCUACGAAGGUGCUCCUUCAGGUGUGGGGGCAGAUGCGGAAGUGGGACGCGAAUUACGCCAUCCUCUCAUCCUAUGAAUACACUUACUUCCUCUACAAACCUGAACUCAUGAGCGAUACCCUAUAUAUAACUGAUGGCUUCGAGUCCGAUAAUAGUGAUCUCCUACCUGCCACAGUCUCAUUCUUGGCCCUUGCUCUUGGUCACUAUUCUCCCAGUGAUCUUGGGCUUCCAGAGCCAAACAUCGAGCACUGGAAUCGUGCUUCCAUGGUGAAUUUCGAGUCAACAGGGCUAGUCCCAAGCACAUAUCCACCCUCGGCUCAGGCGGUCAAUGUCAAACGACACCGUUAA